UAUGCGGCAAAAAGUGUGCAUUAGAAACUUGUAGACAAUUUAAGUUGUUUUAACUGCUUUCUGUUUAAAAACAACUGCAAGGAGAGAUGUAGACUCUUAAUAAAUAAUGAAUCUUCAAACAAGAAGAAUAUGUUUGCGUGGAUUGCGUCGCCGUAAGUGUGAAAUAUUUUUUACCGCUGUAAUAAUUUUGGUAACGUUUCUGUGCUGGUGGCUGAAAGUAAACAGAAGUGAGCCUAGCAAUAAUACAUAUUGUAUGCCCAUCGAUGUUGUUUACACGUGGGUUAAUGGGUCCGAGGAGACGUUCAUAAAGACUAUAAAACAAUAUGACGCAGGAUAUGAUCCGGCAAGAUAUGAUGACAAAAAUGAGUUGCGUUAUUCAUUACGCUCAUUGGAAAAGUAUGCUCCAUGGGUGCGGCGUGUUUACAUUGUCACAAAUGGGCAGAUACCACAUUGGCUAGAUUUAAGUUAUGACAGAGUCUCCGUGAUAUCACAUGAGUUAUUAAGCCCUCAUCCCGAAACGUUGCCUACAUUUUCUAGUGCUGCAAUAGAGACUUUUCUUCAUCGUAUACCUGGUUUAUCUAAAAGAUUUCUUUAUAUGAAUGAUGACAUAUUUCUGGGAGCACCUCUAUAUCCUGAUGAUCUGUACACUAAAUCUGAAGGUGUACGCAUAUAUCAAGCAUGGUUGGUGCCGGAUUGUGCAGAUGAUUGUCCGUGGACAUAUAUUGGGGACGGUGCUUGUGAUCGCCAUUGUAAUAUAAAAGAAUGCCAAUUCGACGGCGGUGACUGCAAUGCAAAUAUCAAAAGUAAAAGUGUAGAAAAUAUGAUAAAUACAAAAUUUAAUGAGUCGAACCAUAACAAAAACUUUGAUAUAAGAGCAUUUCCAACAAAAAAAUCUAGACGGCAUGCAAAGACCACAUAUCGAAACUCUUCGUUGCCCUUCAAAGAGUUAGUGAAACAUAAAAAUUUAACUACACUCAAUGAAUUGCGACGAAUUGUGGAUAGUUACAAUAAACGUUUGAAAUCAAAUCCAAAGGAGGUGGCUAUUGCAACCACUACAAAUCGUACAUUAAGCAAUUUUAAAAUGUUUAAAUCCACCAAAGAUAUAUACUCGCAAUCACUUAUAUACACAAACAUGCUGCUCAACCAAUUUUAUGGUUUCAAAGCACGUCAUGUGCUCUCCCACAUUGGUUUUCUAUUGGAUCGCGAUAUAAUUAGGGAAAUGCAAGAAAAGUUCUCGAGAGAAACUUUUUAUACCGCCUCGCAUCGUUUUAGAGCUGCAAAUGAUUUACAGUUCGCUUUUGUCUAUUAUUCCUAUUUAAUGAGUGAAACUCGUAUGGCUGGUGUGGAGGAAAUAUUUAAUGAAUUUGACACUGAUGACUCGCUAACCUGGUCGGAUAGAGAAGUGAGAACAUUUCUCGCACGUAUGUAUCCAUUGCCAUUGGAUUGGUCGGCAGUGCGCUUUUUUGAAGAAGUCAUUAGUAACUGCUCAAAAGAUUUAAAGUUAACCAAACGUAAUAAUAACAUAGUAUACUCAACUUUGGUGUAUGAACGCUACGAGGACUCAAAUUUGCCCACCAUAACACGUGAACUUGUUAGUAAGUGUGCUUUGCUAACAGAAGCUUUGUUAACUAAUUUUGGUGUACGUUCCAAAUAUAAAUAUAAUAUCAAUUCUAAACGUGCCAUGCAUAGUAAUUUUAUGAUGCUAAUUUCAAAUGUUUCCAAUGUUGUAGAUAAUUUGGAUAAAAUAAGACAAAAUCCAAGAAAGUUUAAUUGUAUCAAUGAUAAUCUUGAUCCGAUAUUCACUGAAGACAAUGAAUUGAUACGUCAUUUAUUGGAAGAUUUCUAUCUUUCGUUUUUUCCAAAACGCAGUAAAUUUGAAUUGGAAGCGCAGUAUCGGAACCGUUUUUCCAAUCUCAAUGAUUAUCAACUUUGGCGCAGAAGAAAACGUGCCGUACUCUUUGUUGGCUACGGCGCUACAGUAGUGUUGCUGAUGUUCUUGUUUAAGUUUAUGUGCAUGCAUAAGGCAAAGUUUGCACGACGCUAUAUACAGAAUCUGUAAAAAUCAGUCCUUUUAAAAAUUUUAUUUAUUUAUCAUAUUUAACCGUGAUAUCAAACGAAUAUAGUUUUAAUGUAUGAAUAAGAUUUUUGGGUAGAUGAUUUACAAUUAUAUGACAACUAACUCAGGUGCAUUGUAUAUGCAUAUAAUAGUUGAAUAUUAAAAAAAUGCAUAAUUAAAAACUUUAACUCCAUAUUUGUGUUAUUCUAUAAUAUUUAAUGAGGAGAUAUGAAACGGCGUUAUCAAGGUUUAUUGUGCCAGGAAUCCAUAUGUACUAUUCUAAAAUGUUUAUAUAUGUUUUUCAUACUUUUAAAAAAUUUUAAAAAUAAAUAAUAUUUAUUUUUAGUUAAAUACUCAUAUUUAGUGAACA